ACUACUAAGGAAGUUGGAGGAAAAUCAAUGUCAAAUAACAUAAAUUGUUCACCUACAACAUCCUCAACAUUGAAUUCUCCACUAAUGAAGUUAUCCUCAUAUUUCUUAGCUGUACGACCAUGGUCAUUAAGUGCAUCAUUAAUGCCAACACUUUUGGGAUGUGCAUUGGCAUAUCGGUUGACAGAUAUAGCAAAUUUUAGCUGGAUAUCUUUGAUCCUCACAGUAUAUACAGUUUUUUGUGUUCAUGGAGCUGGUAACGUAGUAAAUACUUACUUUGAUUAUAUAAAGGGGGUGGAUAGCAGAAAAAGUGAUGACAGGAUAUUAGUAGAUCAACUUCUAUCAAAAGAUGAAUUAGUUUCAUUAGGUGCAUUGUUAUAUACAGGAGGAUGUUUGGGUUUUGUUUUAUUAACCACUAUAUCUCCUGCAAAAAUGGAGCAUCUUGCACUUGUGUACUUUGGAGGUUUAUCUUCUUCAUUUCUUUAUACUGGAGGAAUAGGAUUGAAAUACAUUGCAUUAGGUGAUGUCCUUAUCUUAGUUAUAUUUGGCCCAGUUUCAGUUUUGUUUGCAUUCAUGGCUCAAACUGGUUACAUUGAACUAGGUACAAUAUAUUAUGCUAUACCUCUUGCAUUAAAUACAGAGGCUAUUCUACAUAGUAAUAAUACACGAGAUUUAGAGAGUGACAAAAAGGCAGGAAUAGUAACACUAGCUAUAUUAAUAGGUCAUACCGUAUCUCAUGUUUUGUAUGCUUUUUUGCUAUUCACUCCAUAUGUAACACUGGUUGUGCUUGCAUUGAGGUAUUCCAUUUGGUUUCUAUUACCUGUGAUUACUUUGCCAACUGCCUUUAAAAUAGAAAAGCAAUUCCGUAGUCCUCAUAUGAUUCAGAGUGUGCCUAAACAAACAGCUAAAUUAAAUAUGUUUCUGGGUAUUUUGUAUGUUGUUGCUUGUUUACUUGUAGAUCCUCUUCCUUAUCUGUAA